UGGGUUUUGUGAAAUGGAACUUUUUGUAGGAGAAGUUGAAGAACAAGCCUUGGAUCUUGGAAGAUGAAACUGGGCAGUUUCAGUACCAGGGACAACUUGAAGGAUCCCAGUCUGCAACUUACUAUCUCUUAGUGAUGCAGAACAAGGAGUUCGUCGCCAUUCCUGCCGGUUCUUGGUAUAACUUCAACAAGGUUGCACAGUACAAGCAACUUACACUGGAAGAAGCGGAGGAGAAGAUGAAGAAUCGUAGGAAAACUGCAGAUGGGUAUAAUAGGUGGAUGAUGAAAGGCGGAAAUAAUGAUGACAAAGAGGCGGGUGGAAGCAGUGGAGGUGGUGGUGGCGGUAGGGGUCGCAAGAAAUCUUCAGGCGGCGAGGAAGAAGAGGGUAAUGUCUCUGACAGAGGAGAGGAAGAUGAAGAGGAAGAGGCUGCACGCAAGAGUAGACUCGGGCUUAAUAAAAAGGGCAAUGACGACGAUGAUGAAGAAGGUCCAAGGGGUGGUGAUCUUGACAUGGAUGAUGAUGACAUUGAGAAGGGGGAUGACUGGGAGCAUGAAGAGAUUUUCACUGAUGAUGAUGAGGCAGUGGGUAAUGAUCCUGACGAACGUGAAGAUCUUCUGGCGCCUGAAAUUCCUGCUCCUCCAGAAAUAAAGCAGGAUGAUGAGGAUGAAGAAAAUGGAGAAGAGGAAGGAGGAUUGAGCAAUUCUGGUAAAGAGUUGAAGAAAUUGCUCGGCAAGGCUAAUGGUUUGAACGAGUCUGAGGAAGAAGAGGACGAUGAUGAUUCAGAUGAUGAGGAGGAGACAAACUUCAAUCCAGUUACGAAUUCUAAACAGAAGGAAGCGGCCAAAGAAGAACCUGUUGAGAGCACUCCUCCAAAGCCUGCACCACCUUCAUCUUCUCGUGGAACGCCUUCUGCUAAACCAUCAAAGGGAAAGAGAAAACUAAAUGAUGGCGACUCUAAAAAACCUAGCGGCAGCUCUGUUCAAAAGAAAGUGAAGACUGAAAAUGAGACGAAACCUUCAGUGAAGGAAGAGAAAAAUAACUCAGUUUCCAAAUCCAAGGCACCAACAAAGGCUGUGAAACCUGAACCAACUCCAGCUACUGCCUCAGCUUCAGCUUCAGCUGCUACAGGGCCUGUGACCGAAGAUGAAAUCCGAGCUGUCCUCAUGGAGAAGAAGCAAGUCACUACGCAGGACCUUGUCUCUAGGUUCAAGGCAAGACUUAAGACCAAAGAGGCUGUAAAGUUUGAUAACGGUGUUGGUAUCUCAGGGGAUGACUGGGAGCAUGAAGAGAUUUUCACUGAUGAUGAUGAGGCAGUGGGUAAUGAUCCUGACGAACGUGAAGAUCUUCUGGCGCCUGAAAUUCCUGCUCCUCCAGAAAUAAAGCAGGAUGAUGAGGAUGAAGAAAAUGGAGAAGAGGAAGGAGGAUUGAGCAAUUCUGGUAAAGAGUUGAAGAAAUUGCUCGGCAAGGCUAAUGGUUUGAACGAGUCUGAGGAAGAAGAGGACGAUGAUGAUUCAGAUGAUGAGGAGGAGACAAACUUCAAUCCAGUUACGAAUUCUAAACAGAAGGAAGCGGCCAAAGAAGAACCUGUUGAGAGCACUCCUCCAAAGCCUGCACCACCUUCAUCUUCUCGUGGAACGCCUUCUGCUAAACCAUCAAAGGGAAAGAGAAAACUAAAUGAUGGCGACUCUAAAAAACCUAGCGGCAGCUCUGUUCAAAAGAAAGUGAAGACUGAAAAUGAGACGAAACCUUCAGUGAAGGAAGAGAAAAAUAACUCAGUUUCCAAAUCCAAGGCACCAACAAAGGCUGCGAAAGCUGAACCAACUCCAGCUACUGCCUCAGCCUCAGCUUCAGCUUCAGCUGCUUCAGGGCCUGUGACUGAAGAUGAAAUCCGAGCUGUCCUCAUGGAGAAGAAGCAAGUCACUACGCAGGACCUUGUCUCUAGGUUCAAGGCAAGACUUAAGACCAAAGAGGAUAAGAACGCUUUUGCCGAUAUUCUGAGGAAGAUCUCAAAGAUACAGAAGAAUGCCGGUUCUCAGAACUUCGUCGUUUUGAGGGGGAAAUGAGGCUGUACCUCUCUUAUCUUUUGAACUAACUCUUUUGAGGAAAACAAAAAUGAGAGUUUACUAUCUUCAAAAAUGUUAAGCAAACAUAAGAA